UUGUUACUCAAGCUUUCUUUGGUUGUUCCUCUUCUGGACCAUCAUGGCUGAUUUUGGGGAGAUUUUAGAAUCUAUAGGAGACUUUGGGCUUUUCCAAAAGCUGCUCUUGUUUGCUCUGUGCUUUCCAAACCUCAUUUUGCCUUUUCAGUUAUCCAGCCUUGUCUUCAACCAUGCAGACACGAACCACCAUUGCAACGCUGACUGGAUCCUUCAGGUGGGUCCCAAUCUGACGAAGGAAGAGCAGCAGAACUUGACCCUGCCUAGGCUCCCGGAUGGCUCUUUCGAUCCCUGUCAGAUGUAUGUGCCUAUGGAUUGGGAUCUGUCUGCUAUACGGGAAUAUGGCCUAAACGAAACCACCACUUGCACUGAUGGAUGGGUGCACAAUGAUACUAUUUAUGAUGCAACCAUUGUUACUGAUUUCGAUCUUGUUUGUGAAAAUACAAAUAUCUUUCGGGGAGCACAGACCAUAUUCUUUGCUGGAGUACUAGUUGGAGCUGUACUUUUUGGGCCUUUUUCAGAAUCGUUUGGUCGCAAACGAGCUACACAGAUACCUAUGGUGCUCAUGCUUAUCUUCACAGUCGUGACUGGUCUCUCUCCAAACUUUUAUGUGUACCUCACAUCCCAGUUCAUUGUUGGUGUUGCCCUCGGAGGAUUUCGGAUCAACAGCAUUAUCCUCGCCACCGAGUGGAUUGGAGUCGCUCAGAGAUCCUAUGCAGCAUGCCUGAGUCAAGUCCUGGCCGCUUUGGGGCAGGUCAUGUUUCUUGCCGUUGUGUAUUUUGUCAGGGACUGGAGGAUGGAUCAAUUUAUAAUGGCUGGCCCACUUGGAUUUGUAGUUGUCUACAUAUGGUUUAUUCCAGAGUCUGCCAGAUGGCUUCUUGGCCGCGGAAAAACUACCGAUGCGAAAGAACUCAUUCAGAAGGCAGCAGCGAUCAACAAACGUUCAGUUCCUGACUCAUUACUGGAGAAGGUCCUAAAAGAAAAGCCUGUUGAAAAAGGAGGUAUAAAAAUGCUUUUUGCUUCCCGUGUGCUCAGGAAAUAUUUCUUAACCAUUACCUUCGCUUGGUGUGCUGUAAAUCUAGCGUACUACAGCCUCUCUCUGAAUGUGGGGAAGUUCGGCCUUGAUAUUUUUCUCAAUCAACUCAUAUUCGGCCUCUCUGAGAUUCCUGUCCACUUCUUCUGCAUAUGGUCAUUGGAAGCAGCUGGAAGGAAGGUGUCUCUAAUGGGUGCUCUUAUAGUGGGAGGGGUUCUGUGUCUCCUGACUCUUGCAGUUCCACAAAGUAAUUACGUCGCCAUCGCUACUCUUGCCACAUGUGGAAGAUUUCUCAUGAACGGAGCAGGCAGUAUUUGCAACAUUUAUUUUCAAGAACUGUUCCCCACCGCCAUUCGUCAGACGGCCACGGGGCUGGGCUCCACAGCUGCACGAGCCGCAAGUAUGUUGUCUCCUGUGGUGAACCUGCUGGAGAUCUACCACUUCACUAUCCCUACUGUGGUGAUUGGCAGCCUGGCACUAGCAAGUGGGAUAAUGGCCUUCCUGCUGCCCGAGACCAGAAGAACCGAGCUGCCUGAUUCCACAGAGGAGGCAGAGGGCAAGAGGAGACCAAAAUUAUCUAAUCCUGCAACUAGGGAUUGUGAAGACAUCCAAGCAACCAAGUUAUAACCUCUUAACUUCUUGCAAGAUGGUGGAAUUUCUUUUGUUCCGUUUACAGUGUAAUGAUAUGUAGAAAUAACAGUUAGAUUUUUAUUACAACUUCUGCAGUUUAUUUGCCAUUCAGCAUUAUGAAAAGAUUUGUAGAUUUAGUGUUCUGUUAGCACUGUAUGUACUGUAACAUAACAAUAUGCAAUAAACCUCAUGUGAAUUG